AUGUUCUUCAAUGCUGGAGUGGGGUUGGAGAGUCAGGCUGCGUUGGAAGAAAUAUUGGGCUUUCGCAAGGUAAAUUCUUUUAAAAGGUAUCUUGGUAUGCCAACUAUGGUAGGGCGCUCUAAAAAACCCAUCUUCGCUUUUCUUCGUGAUCGGCUUCACAAAAUAAUUUUGGGGUGGAAAGAAAGAUUUUUAUCUAAGGCGGGAAGAGAAGUUCUUAUCAACUCGAUUGCCCAAUCUAUCCCCACCUAUAUCAUGAGUUGCUUCGCCCUCCCGAUCUCGUUUUGUAAUGAAAUGAGAAGCAUUAUUUCGAAAUUUGGUGGAGCGGCUAAGCAAGCGCGGAAGUUUCUACAAAACCCCAACUCAUUGUGUGCUAGAGUUCUUAAGGCGAAAUAUCAUCCGAAUAUGGGCUUUGCUCAGGCGGGGCCGCGUCGGCGUGCUAGCUUCAUAUGGCAGAGUAUCAUGAAGGGCAAAAGGGUUCUAGAUUCUGGGUUUGCUUGGCGGAUUGGGAAUGGGGAAUUUGUGAAAGCUUUGGAGGAUAACUGGAUUACGUCUGCAACAUUCAUGCAGCCCGUUGGCAAGUCGAAUGUUACUACGGAUUCCUUGGUGAGUUAUUUUAUCGAUAACGGUCGAUGGGACGAGGUGAAGCUUUCCAAUUCGUUCCUUCCUACUGAUGUGGCUAACAUCAUCAAGAUCCCUCUUAGUAGAAGACUACCUCCGGAUAAGUUAUUCUGGUUCCCUAACAAGAACGGCUAUUACUCUGUGAAGUCGGGAUACUACCAAGCGUGUAAGCUGCUGAAUAGAAACCAAGCCUCGUCAUCUACGCAAACAACAGGCUCUGAUAUUUGGGGUAAAAUCUGGCGGUGUCCGGUUCCGCCCAAGGUGAGGCAUUUCCUUUGGUGA